GGAGGACAUGGCGGCACUUGUCACUCCAGCAGCUUCGGUGGCGUCCGAGCUGGUGGCGCGGGGCCGGGAGUCCGCGGCCGUCCUCGAGGCCCUGCUCGACGACGCGUCGACGCAGGGGCACGGCGGGAUCCGGGAGCUCGCCGCGGAGAUCCUUCGCUGCUGCGACCGCGCCCUCGCCGCGCUCCACGGCGCGCCCGCCACCAGCAGGAAGCGCAAGUCGGAGCCCGACGGCGCCGCCGCCGCCCAGACGAGGCCGAGAAGAAGGAUGCGCGCGAGCAGCGGACUGACGGCGGCGAGGGUCGAAAAGCGGUGGACGGCGGAGGACGGGUUCAUAUGGAGGAAGUACGGGCAGAAGGAGAUCACGCACAGCAAGAACCCGAGGCUAUACUUCAGGUGCACCUACAAGCACGACAGCGGCUGCCCGGCGACGAGGCAGGUCCAGCAGUCGGACGACGACCACUCCCUCUACAUCAUCACCUACUUCGGCGACCACACCUGCUGCCAAGGCGAUGACGGAGCCGUCGCCGCUGCAGAGGAAGAGGACGUCAAGAUGCAGCCGUUCGUCAUCAACUUCGGCUCGGCGACUACAGCGAGCAGCACCAGCGGUUCGCCUUGGCAAAACUCUGACGACAUUGAUGGCCGGAGCGAGAUCUCACGGUCGCCGCAGGCAGUAUGCUUGCCGGAGGGAGGAGGAGACGAACUACGAGUGAAGGUGACCAAGGUUGAGACAACUUCGUCAGACUCGCAGACAGCGGGGCCGACGGCGGCACAUCUGAGUCCGUCGGCCGAGGUUUCAUGUGCUUCCCCUGCAUGGGAUCCUUUGUCCAUCUGCUUGGAGUGGGAUCAAUUCGUCGAGAGUUCAUUCGAUUUCGUCAGUGAAUUCAUCAAUUUUGAUGGCAUUGUCUUGUAGCAAUAGCAUGGUUAAUUUUCCCGUGUGAUGCAUCAUGAAGAUGCCCGACGUAAAUUUGUGAGGGGUGUAUUUCUUCUACAGGAGCGUGAAAGCAAGUGUGGUUACAUUUUGUGUGUGUAUGUGCUUGCGUGCUUGCGUACGUGUGUGUUAUCGCGACCCAAAAUAGUGGAAUUUUGCACAAUACACGGAACAUCCAAUAAUUCGACUCCGAUGGGAUCGAGCCGAU